CUCCAUAAGUUGUUCUAGUAAGACAAGGCAAAGUCAGAAGAAGACAAAUCAACGAGAAACAACAGCUCAGCUACGAUGUCCCGAGUCUCCACGAUCUUGCUGUUCUCAGCAAUAAGCGUUAUAUGCCUCGCCAGUGGUGCCUCUUUUGAAACAGCGGCCAAAAGUCAACAGCCAGACCUAGACUAUCACGACUUCCUCCAUUGUAUCUAUUUCGAUGGCACACAGUGGCAGAAGUAUUCGUCCAGCCCAAAAUACUAUCCCUAUCAACCUAUGACCGUUCCUCAAGCCGUGGUCACCGAUCCUAACAGCAAAAUCGAAUCGGAUUAUUGGUACGAUUUCUACAACUACGAGAAUGCUCCGUACUACGAGAAAGUCCACAAUCUCACCAGGCCUGAUUUCAACGCAGAGCAUGGAUUUGAACCCGACUACCAUAACCCAACUUGGAACUUCUGGCUCCACUUUUGGCAAGCUCACUUCAAGGCCUUGAGACCGGCAUGUCGUCAAGAAGAUUUGGACUAUUUCAACUCCAACAAGAUCGUCCCUGGUGAUAUGACUGUCGGUUAAUUCAGCUUUACUCCAUUAAUGAACUGCCAGGAAGUGCUUUUCCCCUCUUUCAAACCAGUGGGUCUUUUUUCUAUUGCCUAUAACAGAACCUCAGAUGUGUUCUUUUCAACUCUGAUUAUAUCUUUAAAAAAACCUCACAGUGUUUUAGAAAGUCAUCUAAAAAUUAAGUAGAAUUUGGUGAGACCAAUUGAGUAGACUAGACUUUUUUUUUUUUAAUCACACUGUUUUACAAUUGAUUUGUUCAGUUUUGACAACCACCUUAAAGUAUAGCAGAAGCUGAAGAAUAGCAAAAAAUAAAAAUGCAUAACUGCUUAA